AUGGCAACGACGCCGUUUUUAGUCGUCUUCUUUGUUUUGUCGUCUUGCAUGGAUAAGUACUCUGUACUACGUGUUUCGCGGUUUGACAGAGGCUUUUGUUCAGAUGAGGAUGGAGAGAAUGGUCUGGAUAGGGAUGAGCAGGACAAGGAUUUCAUAAUGACGGUGAUGAGUGGGGAAGAGAACUUUGUUUUGUCAGAGUCAUAUUCUUUUUCCUUAACUUCAAAUAAUGAUGAUUCCUCAAGUGCCAUAACAACACCGAUAUCAAGUUUUUCACCUAGUGGGAAAUUCAGGCGAGUUAUUGAGGAUUGGCAGAAGGGAGAGCUUUUGGGUCGUGGAUCAUUCGGAUCUGUGUAUGAAGGGAUUUCUGAUGACGGUUUCUUUUUUGCCAUCAAGGAAGUAUCAUUGCUUGAUCAAGGGGAUGAGGGAAAGCAUAGCAUUAUCCAACUUGAACAGGAAAUUGCUCUCCUAAGCCAGUUUGAACAUGAGAACAUUGUCCGAUAUUAUGGCACAAUGAAGGACGAAGCACAUCUCUAUAGUUUUCUUGAGCUAGUUACUAAAGGCUCCCUCUUGAGCCUGUACCAGAAGUAUGAGCUCCGAGUUUCACAAGCCUCAGCGUAUACAAGGCAGAUUUUGCAUGGUUUGAAGUAUCUGCACAAUAGAAAUGUGGUCCACAGAGAUAUAAAAUGUGCAAAUAUAUUGGUGGAUACAAACGGUUUGGUGAAACUUGCAGAUUUUGGUCUUGCCAAGGUUCAAUCCCCUUAUUCUUUAUAUUUCUCCUUUCUUAUUCACUUUAAGUUGAACGAUGCGAAGUCUUGCAAGGGAACUGCAUUCUGGAUGGCACCUGAGGUUGUUCGAAGCCAGAGUUAUGGCCUUGCAGCUGAUAUAUGGAGUCUUGGUUGUACGGUCUUGGAGAUGUUAACCAAACGUUUUCCUUAUUUUGGUCUGGAAUGGGUAAGAAACGAAACUUGGAAUUUGAACUUCCUCUAUGUUCUGUUAGUACCUGCUUUGUUAUGUAAGAAUGAAUUCUUAUAUGGUGAUUAG